UGGAUAUUUUGUUAAUGUUUUGCAUGUGAUGGCAGGAACAACGGCGGUGAAAUUCUCGGGACCGGGACUUCCAAACCUUCCCUACAACCAAGACAAAAGUUUUAUCAUCAAGGAAAUAUCAACUCCUUCCAAAAUAGAAUGUGCAGCUCAAUGUUCGGCACAUGGAGGAUGUUCAGCAAUCAUGUUCAAAACCGCAGACAUGGACGGCGAGCGUUGUAUCAGUACGGCGAGUUACCUGGACUACACUGGUAAAUGGAACAUCACGUUCAAUGGAAAAACCUGUCAAAGAUGGGACACAAACUCUCCCCAUUAUCAUGGCCUGGGGCCAACAUAUCUGCCCGAAAACUCGAUGGCAGAUGCCGAGAACUACUGCAGAGACCCGGAUUUGUCCGGCUAUUUGUGGUGUUACACCACUGAUCCUAGUGAUAGGUGGCAGGGAUGCAAUAUAUGGAAGUGUUUCACGUCAAACAACAAUUGCAGACUGUACAGUUCCUACACGCAGUCGGUGGAAAAUGUUCAGGGCUACGGGUAUUACUCUGCGACUCCCUGA